GUUGCUCUUCCUGUUUGGAAUCAAACCAGGAAAUACAGACCAUGUAACUCGGAACGUCGAAGUUGUGUGAAUUCAAUCUUGUCAGUUUAUUUUUUCUUCGCUUGUAUAAUCACACAUUGUAGUUAUGGCUUCAUUAUUCAAGAAAAAGACGGUGGAUGAUGUCAUCAAAGAGCAAACCAAAGAACUUAGAGGGACCCAGCGGCAGAUCACCCGAGACCGCACCGCCCUGGAGAGACAAGAGAAACAAAUGGAGCUGGAGAUUAAGAAGAUGGCGAAGGCUGGGAACAAGGAUGCGUGUAAGAUCCUGGCCAAGCAGCUAGUUCAGCUACGGAAGCAGAAGAACCGCACCUACGCCGUCAGUUCAAAGGUUACCUCCAUGUCCACGCAGACCAAGCUCAUGAACUCUCAGAUGAAGAUGGCUGGUGCCAUGGCUAAGACAACCAAAACCAUGCAGGCGGUCAAUAAGAAGAUGGAUCCUCAGAAGACCCUCCAGACGAUGCAGAACUUCCAGAAGGAGACGGCCAAGAUGGAGAUGACGGAUGAGAUGAUCAAUGACACACUGGACGAGCUCUUCGAGGGCUCCGAUGAUGAGGAGGAGUCAGACAACAUCGUCUCCCAGGUGCUCGACGAGAUCGGCAUCGAGAUCUCAGGAAAGAUGUCCAAGGCUCCCGCGGCGAGCAGGAACAACCCCAGUGCCUCCACGUCCAAAGCGGAUACCAUCUCAGACGACGAGAUCGAGAGACAGCUGAAGGCCUUGGGAGUGGACUAACACAGAAUCUUUCUUUCUCUCUCUCUCUUUCUCUCUCUCAGACACACACACAGACACACUGGCACACUACUUAGAAACAUACUGCUUGGACUUUGUCAGGCAUGUACUGUCUGCUGAGAAGUCGGUGUGGACACACACACAAAUAGACCUCUGAAGUUCGCCUACAAAAAAGCACAUAAUUCAAAAUCUCCAUGUUAUUUUCCCAUAGGAAAAAUCGCCAUCGAGAUACCGAAUCUCGAAGAUGGCAGCUAUUUUGUAGGCGAACUUCAGAGGUAUAUACACAAACACACAAACACACAAACACACACAUGCAUGCCUUCAGUCUUUCUGAUUUGAACCUUUGGAAGCUCCGAGUCUCUUGAAUCCUCUGCAGCAGAGUCAUAGAGUCCCCACUGGGUGGUGCUGUUUUGACUCUUUCUGCUCCAUACAGCUGCAAUAGGUAGACUCAGGUGUGUGUGUGUCUGAGAAAUACACUCCGUGUCCUCAAUGCCACCUUCUACAACCAUAUCCCACCAGUGCCACACUGUGUGCAGGCGUGUGUGUGUGUGUGUGUGUGUGUGUGUGUGUGUGCGUGUGCGUGCGUGUAGAGUUUUAGAAUACUGACAUAGGGACUUAAGAGUUGAUGACAUGCCCUCAUGUCAUGUUAAAUAUAAAUGCUUCCUCUGUGUGUGUGUGUGUGGCAGAGAGAUUCCCGUGUGUGUGUGUGUGUGUGUGUGUGUGUGUGUGGCAGAGAGAUUCCCGUGUGUGUGUGCGUGUGUGCGUGUGUGGAGAGGUUUUCAUUUAAUUUAUCCCACCUUUCAACUCUCCUUUCUCCUCAUGAGGGUGCAGACGGAGUUUCAGGAAUGCAAACAAACACUGUGUCUCCACACACACACACACACACUCUGUCUCCAAACAUACACAUACUGUAUCUCCUCAGUCUGCUUCCAUGCUACAAACACACACACACACACACACACGCCACACACACACACACACACACAUGCUACACACACAUGCUACACACACAUGCUACACACACACACACACACACACACACACACACACACACACACACACACACACACACACACACACACACACACACACACUGUGUCUCCUCAGUCUGAUUCUACACCAAUCCGCUGAGGGGCUAUAUGGGCCUCAGGUGUGUUCCAAUCUGGACUGUUCUUCUCGCUAGUAAUCCUGGUACGGGUCAGAGACUUGCCUUUAGGUGGUGGACAAGGGGCAUGAGGAACCCCUUCAUAUGCUACAACAUUUUCAUUUUAUUUUAUUGCCAUAAAUAAAGUACAUGUUUGUAAAUAAAUUGUUACUAAGUCUGUUGUCAUUUACUAAUAAAUGACUAUGAUCGCUCUCUUAA